ACUAGAACCUCGGUACUCUAUGAAUCCAAACAAACACGUGCUUCCAAAUGAAACUAGGGACAUAAAACGAGAUAACCUCACGGAAAGUGAAAAAAAGAGAGGUAUAAUCAUAUAAGAUGGGUCGAAAAAUCCCGGGCAAGAAGCAUCAUGGUGUCAAAGACCCUGAAGUUCAGCGAAAACGAAGGGAUGACAAGGUCAAGCUCAAGAUUAAUUCAGCUCCCUCGAAAAAUGAUGUGCAGGAAUUGCCUCGAAAGCUUCGAGAAUUGAUGGAGGCCAAACAGAAUCCGGACUUUCUUCAGCCUCACAAGAAGGCACCCAAGAACAAGAACAAAUUACUCGAUUCCUCCAAAUAUAUGGGAUAUGAGAUGCGUCUACCAGGCAUGAAGCGACCCUUGAAGCCGAUUCCCGUUUUCCAACAGAGUGAAGGCGAAUCUCAGAAACGCUUCUUCAAUCGAAUGCACCAACAAGUUCAGGGUGUGCUCAAGCGAAAGGAUUACGAAAAGAAAUUCGACGUCGAGGUGCACGACGAUCCCGAAACGGGUCAAACUAUGGUCCAAGAUCGCCCCAAGGAUGACCUCGAGGAGGAAAUUGCGGCUAAGAAACGGGCUAAAUUGGCCAAAAAAGGCAUUGUGGUUCGCUCCAAGGAAGAGAAACGCAAGAUCAAACGCUUAAAGGAGAAGGAAAAGAAGCUCAAGAAGAAGCGUCGAUUGGGCAAAAUUCUCAACGAGCUGGGCGACGAUGGCGAGGACUUCAAGGAGUUCGAAGACUUCCAAGAUGACAUCAAAUUCAACGACAUUGUCCACGCCCCGCCCUCUUUGAAAGGAAUGCGCAAGAAAAAAAAGAUGCCCACCUCCGAGAACGAAGCCUCCACCAGUCCUGCCCCCGUCCCCGCCCAGAAGAACAAAAACUCCACUUUGUUAUUAGCCCAGAAAUUCAAGAGCAAGAUUAAGAGCGAUAAGCCCGAGAUCUCAUUGGCACGCCAGCAUAUGUUGAACCAGGAGCGAGUCCGCGUCAUCCAGGCCUAUCGCUCGCUCAAGAGCAACCAACAGAAGGAAAAGGCCAACGAUGGCCAAGUCAAACUGUGAUAGCGCGUACCACCCAACAAAGGAAUAAAAAAUAAUGCAGUUGA